AUGAAGAAGGGAGCCAAGUUUGAUUGGACUGAGGAAGAUGAUCAGCUGUUCAAUCAUCUCAAGAGGAAGAGUGAUGGCAGUGUUGUAGCCGCCCAAGUGACCAUGGCCACCAACCCAUCAUACUCUUUCAAUCAUGUUCUUGCUGGUGACUACUGCAUGUCUGCAUCAAUCCCAACUGGAUAUGAGCGUGUUGCCGUCACUAGUGAUUACAACUCAUUCAACAUUGAUGACAGUGAUGUUAGAACUGAUGAGCCAUUCCUCGCCAACAUCGAUUUCUCCCUCAAGUUCAAGAAUGGUACUCUGGUCAACACACAGACCACCACGGCCAACAACCCAGGCUACCAAUUCAACAACUUGUUUGCUGGUGAUUACUGCAUGUCCACAACCCUGCCCGCUCCCUCACAGUUCUUUAAUCAUUUGACUGUUCUCAACAACGACAACUCAUUCGACGCCAACAACAACUUCUGUUUCACUCUCGGUGCAGACAAGACGGUCAACGUUGGAUUCAGGAGGAAGAUAUUCGUACUUUCUGCAUUCGUCUGGGAUGACAUCAACAAAGACAAUGUGUUCAACGCUCCAGUAGACCACUACUUUACCGACCAGGUGAUAAGUGUUACGGUCGAGGGUGCGAAAGGAGAUUCAGUCACCAUUACACCAUCGGCCACAGGCGGCGAUUUCAACCUAUACUAUGGUGGAUAUUGCGUGUCGUCAACAAUCCAUCCUGGUUACCAACGUGUGCCUGUGUUGAAUCAAGAUAACACAUUGGACAACAAUAAGUACUGCUUCACUCUCACUGCUGACACCAGAAUAAAUAUUGGAUUCCAGAAACUAUAA